CGCCCGGGCUGUGAGCUACGAGCGAGCGGGGGAGGGACUGGCUGGGUUGCGGAAGUGGCCGCGUUCGCUCCCCCGUAGUGGAGAGAGAGAGGCGAGAAGGAGAGUCCAGGGGCCCCCACCUUUCCCCGGCCAGCACCAUCUCUAGCGAGGAGGAUGGCAGGGCGGCUACCGGCUUGCGUGGUGGACUGCGGCACGGGGUAUACAAAACUGGGAUAUGCUGGAAAUACAGAACCACAGUUCAUCAUUCCUUCAUGUAUUGCAAUCAAGGAAUCGGCAAAAGUUGUUGAUCAAGCACAAAGGAGGGUUACGAAAGGUGUGGAUGAUUUAGACUUCUUUAUUGGGGAUGAAGCAAUAGAAAAACCAACUUAUGCAACAAAGUGGCCUAUCCGCCAUGGUAUAGUUGAAGACUGGGACUUGAUGGAGAGGUUUAUGGAGCAAGUUAUCUUUAAAUAUCUAAGAGCAGAACCGGAAGAUCAUUACUUUCUUUUGACUGAACCUCCACUAAAUACUCCGGAAAAUAGGGAAUAUACUGCUGAGAUAAUGUUUGAGUCCUUCAACGUUCCAGGACUGUACAUUGCUGUUCAGGCUGUCCUUGCCUUAGCUGCAUCUUGGACAUCGAGACAGGUAGGAGAACGGACAUUGACUGGCACAGUUAUAGACAGUGGAGAUGGUGUUACUCAUGUUAUUCCUGUGGCUGAAGGCUAUGUGAUUGGCAGCUGUAUCAAACAUAUUCCAAUUGCAGGACGAGAUAUAACAUACUUCAUUCAGCAACUGCUGAGAGAGCGAGAAGUAGGAAUUCCUCCUGAGCAAUCCUUGGAAACUGCUAAAGCAGUGAAGGAGCGCUUUAGUUAUGUCUGCCCUGAUUUAGUAAAAGAAUUUAACAAGUAUGACACUGAUGGUACAAAAUGGAUUAAACAGUAUACCGGAAUCAAUGCAAUCUCAAAGAAAGAAUUCACCAUUGAUGUUGGUUAUGAGAGAUUCCUGGGGCCGGAGAUCUUCUUUCAUCCUGAGUUUGCUAAUCCUGACUUCACCCAACCCAUUUCAGAAGUAGUAGAUGAAGUUAUUCAGAAUUGUCCUAUUGAUGUUAGACGUCCUCUGUAUAAGAAUAUCGUCCUCUCUGGAGGUUCGACCAUGUUCAGGGACUUUGGUCGCCGUUUACAACGAGAUUUGAAAAGAACUGUUGAUGCCCGGCUGAAACUCAGUGAGGAACUGAGUGGUGGCAGACUGAAGCCCAAACCUAUUGAUGUACAAGUCAUUACGCAUCAUAUGCAAAGAUAUGCAGUUUGGUUUGGAGGAUCAAUGCUGGCUUCCACACCUGAGUUCUACCAAGUAUGCCACACCAAAAAAGAUUAUGAAGAGAUUGGUCCUAGCAUCUGUCGUCACAACCCAGUGUUUGGAGUUAUGUCUUAAAACUGACCUGAGAGGGGUCAGGGCUAGGGAAUGGGGGAAAAGGAGGGUCUUGCUGAUUACUUGUUUGUCUGGAUGGCGGGUAUUAAAAUAACAAACAUGACUUGACAAUAAGAAAAAGACCAAACACAAUUAAACAGGAAUAUUUUAAUAAGUGUCUCAAUAUGCGGAUAUAGUGGAAAGCCAAAAUAAUUAACUGUUUUUCUUUAGAUUGAAUAUUUGAACCUGUGCGUAACAAAACAAAGAAGUGGGUUUUAGUUCUUUCUGUGCCCUGAUAUUUUGUAUAUUGAUGAAUUAUCCAAGAUUUGAUGGGAUUUGAUGGUGUGUAGAUAGUCAGCUCUCUAAUGCUUCAAUUGUACUCUUACAUGUGUACAAUGCAAGAACUUGUUUAUAUUUCAUACUUUUUUAUACUUUGAGGAAAAAUAUCAAUUAAAGAAAAACUGUAAUAUUUGAGGGAAAAAUACCAGUGACCAACUUAAUGGUAAAUUAAAAAAUAUAUAUAUUGGGCACAUGAAGCUUACUCAUGUGACUCUAGUUAUUGCAAACUAUGACCAAUCUAAAUCCUCGGUUCCAACUUUGCAAGUGCUUUUGGAACAAAGAAGCUAGUAUCUUGGGUUAACCAAUGCCUGCUAGUGCUUUCUGAUUACUCGGUGCAUUUUCAUUCUAUUUCUUGCUUAAAAAAACAAAAGUAAAGACAAGACUGUUGGACCAGUAUUGCAGUUCCGUAGUGUCAUUUCUAAUUAAAAAAACAAAUAAUCCCAUUAUCGAUAAUAAAGGCACAACAUUUCUUUUUAUAUUUGUGUGAGGCUUUGUUGAUCACAUUGCAUGAAAUCUUCAUACACACCUCAGCUGGUUUGCAAGAUAGAGAUCACUAUGUGUAUUGUUCAAACUAAAACAAAACUUUUAGAACUGAAAUUUGUGUGAAAUUAAUCCAUCUAUUCAUCUCCGUAUUCGGUCUUAUUCAUCUCCAUAGCUUACUGCUACAAUUUCCCCCCUUCCCCCCCAUUUCAUUUCAGUUUCUGUGGUGGUUUGCAGGAGACAGCAUUGCCUUUUUUCAAUUUUCAUAGCUUAUGUGCAAAAGUAAAAUGAAGCUCAAGGUUUUUUUAUUCUUUCUAGAAAGAAGUUGAGUGUAUUUAAUGUUAUCUGCAAUUUCUGUUAAUGUUUGAACACAGAAAAUACAGGGAAAUCUGUCUAAAGAAUGUGUAGCAGGAGGAUUUUCUGCUGGACUCUCAAACUUAGUUAAAGCAGUUUACACAGAAGACCACAAGAGGGAGAUCUUUUACUAGUUUUUUUUUCUCCACUGAAAUGAAAAAUGGAGACAUCGAAAUCAAGGGUAGAGGAAAGAGAGGAAUGUUUAUUGUUAUAUCUUUCAGUCACUUGAAAGAGAAGAGAGAGCAUGACAAAUGAGAUCAUUCUUUCCAGAAAAUGAGGAUAAAUAUGGAAAGGCAUUUUUACACCUAUUACUAAGACAUUUUAUGUGUAGCAGCUAAAAAUAAACAGAACCUUGAAGCAAAAUAAGAAACUGUUAAUCGUGAUAUAAAAUUAUCUUAAUAUCUUUUGAAUAAAACUCUAGGUACGAUUCCUAUUCUCUCCUGACAGCUGCUAUAAUUUCUAUGUGCUUUGUUCAUUGGUUAAUGAUAUCAGUGCAAAAACAUUCCACUUGGCUUCUAAGGUUGACUUAGAGGCCUGAGCAUAGUACUUGGAGAUGGAAGCUUGAGUUCUAUUCCAAGCUCUUACAUUAACUCAGUGUUUGUCCUUGGGAAAGUCACUUAACUUCUCUGUUUGCCAGUCUAGUAUAAUCCAUAAUUUUAAUCUCAUGUAUAUUGUAAGGAUUAAUGUUCUACAGCACUUUGAUGAAGUAAACCACCAUAUGAGUAGGCCCUACCAAAGUCACGGACAUGAAAAAUAUGUCACGGACUGUGAAAUGUGGUCUGUCCCCAUGAAAUGUGGUCUCUUAUGUGCUUUUACCCUAUUCUAUAAAGCUUUCAUGGUGGGAGACCAGCAUUUCUCAAACUAGGGGUCUUGACCGAAAAGGGAGUUGCCGAGGGUGUCGCAGUAUUGCCACUCUUACUUCUGCACUGCCUUCAUAGCUGGGCGGCUGGAGAGCAGUGCCUGUUGGCCAGGCGCCCCGAGCUCUGAAGGCAGCACCCUGCCAGCAGCAGUGCGGAAGUAAGAGUGGCAAUACCAUACCAUGCCACCCUUACUUAUGCAUUGCUGCUGGUGGCAGCUCUGCUUUCAGAGCUGGGCUCCUGGCCAGCAGUUGCUGCUCUCUGGCUGCCCAGCUCUGACUACAGCGCCGCCGCCAACAGCAGCACAGAAGUAAGGAUAGCAGUACCGCAACCCCCUCUACAAUAACCUUGUGACCCCCACCUCACUGUGAAAUUUGAUUUUUAAAUCCUGUGACUGUGAAAUUGACCACAAUGGACCUUGAAUUCAUAAAUAGAUAAAUUUAUGGAGUAUAGGUCCAUCAAUGGCUAUUAGCCAGGAUAGGCAGGGAUGGUGUCCCUAGCCUCUGCCAGAAGCUGGGAAUGGGUGACAGAGGAUGGAUCACUUAGAAUCAUAGAAUAUCAGGGUUAGAAGGGACCUCAGGAGGUCAUCUAGUCCAACCCCCUGCUCAAAGCAGGGCUAAUCCCCAGAUAGAUUUUUGCCCCCGAUCCCUAAAUGGCCCCCUCAAGGAUUGAUGAUUACCUGUUCUGUUCAUAUCCUCUGGGGCACCUGGCAUUAGCCACUGUCAGAAGACCGGAUACUGGGCUAGAUGGACCUUUAGUCUGACCCAGUAUGGCUGUUCUUAUGUGAAUUUGGUAGGGCCCUACAUAUGAGGUGUUCUAGAAUUUUCAUUCUCUACUGCAGCCGGGAAAUAGCAAGUUGCACACUUCAAUCAGUCUAGUCUUGAAGGUAAAACUGUAUGUACAGCCAUCGUUGUGCUGUUGUCUGGCAGAAAAGUGAAGUUCAGUUGUACCUGUAGCUUUUGAGGCUUUAUUUUAUUGUAUUUUGCAAACAAGAAUACUUUCCUUACUUCAGCCUGAAACCCAUCCAGCCAAUAACAGAAUACUGUUAAGAGAGAGAAGCUGCCUGAAUUGGGUUCAGGAAAUAAAAAUAUCUGUUACUUAACUCAUCUGCAUUGAAAAAUAGCAGAAAUCCCUCCAGGAAUUCUGAGAAAAGGGAGAGGUUAACCAGUGGUGUAAUGUAGGGGUGCACAGUCUGCAGGCUCUACAGAGCACACCAGAGCAGCAUUUCAUAAGGCCCGCAGCCUGCUUCAACACAAUAUACUAAUGGCUGAUUCAUUAGUGUUUUGUUAUGAUGUUUACAUCAUUUUGGUUUACACAAGAGGAUAAAUCGAAACAACCUAUGUACAAUAUUGUCUAUCUAAAUACACAUAAAGCAAGCUGAACUUAAAAUAUAAAUCAAUACAGGUGACUUUAAACUUUAUUAAAAUAGGUAGAAUCUCCUUUGUCCACACAAGCUUAUUCUUAGGUUUAUCAAAAAGAACAGGAGUACGUGUGGCACCUUAGAGACUAACAAAUUUAUGCAAGGCACUGCAUUUAGCCAUAUGGAGUGUAUAAAUUUGUUAGUCUCUAAGGUGCCACACGUACUCCUGUUCUUUUUGAGGAUACAGACUAACACAGCUGCUACCCUGAAACCUGUCUUAGGUUUAUGUGGCCUUCCUGUAUAAGAAGGUUGGGCACCAUUGGUCUAAUGUGUUCAUCAACAAGUGCCUUACACACUGGCUAAUACCCGGUGUAGUGGUGGGUGUGUGUGUGUCUGUCUGUGUGAAAUCUAAAGUUGCUUUUAAGGUAGGACAUAUAGUGCAAAACACAUUUAAUAAGAACUCCAUUUUGUGAUGGUCUUCCCCACACCACUGUAUCAUUUACACAGCUGACCUAGGGUAGGGUCUAUACUGCAAUAGAAGACCCUUGGUACAACCACAGCUGUCCUGAGUCCGCUGAUUCAGGUUCAUGGGGCUUUACCUGUGGGGCUGUAAAAUUGCAGUAUAGGUGCUUAGGCUGGAACCCAGGCUCCAGCACAAACCCAAAUGUCUACACUGCUAUUUUUAGCCUUGCAACCCAAGCCUGAGAAGUAGCUGACCCAGGCUCUGAGACACGGUGCCACAGGUGUUUUACUGCAGGUACCCAUACUCCCAGGACAAGCAGGUGAAUGAAAGAUGGACCCAGGCGGUUUAAGUGUCUUUAACUUACUUAGUGUCCCUCUCCAUUGUUAUCUACCCAUACCCCCCUCAUGUGCAUUUAAUUGGGUCCUAUGUGAUGUUGAAAGGGCUCACACCAUAUAACCAAUGACUUGGGGUUGAUGCUCCUGAGCCCAACCCCUAGGACUCAGCUCACUUCUGAAUCUCCUUGCAUGUCCCCUCAAUGAGGUGACUGAGGGAACCUCAGUCCGUGAAGACGUUAGGACUCCCUAUCUCUUCAUAGUCAAAAGGUUCUCCAGCCAUCUUCCAGGUGUCAUUUAUUGCUGAGAGCUGGCCCUUUUAAUCUACUUCUAUAUUGGAUACCGGCCACAUACGGCAGGAGACUGAACACUCCUCUAUUCCUCCAAGCAAUAAAUUACUAUUCUUACUCCUUUCAACCGGAGCUGUUCUUCUGUGGUGUUGUAAGGAAGGCAAAAACCUUCUGGCAUCUGGUCACUGUGGCCCAAUGUGAAACAAUUCUUUCCUGGUCCUCAAAAACGGGCUAUUGGGCAGACCUACAGCAUCCUGGACACAGAUCAAGGUUCCCACCUAUGGGGGAGGGGGAAGCAGCAAGAUGGCCUGUGGUCUCUUGGCUUUAAAUUGAUGGAGGGAAGGGAAAGGCCUACUCAAUCCCUCCUUGGCUGGCCAAUGGGAAGCAGAAGAAACAAAUUCACUGUGAGGUAGAAGGAGAGGCCUUUUCACCAGCAUGUCUUAGCAUGACCUGUGCCCUCCCAAGUGUGGUUCAUCCCCCUGUUGGUCUGAUCCAACUCUCUCUGCUGAGAUGAGGAGGUUCAUUUGAAUACUAGCAAGAGAGCUGGAACUGAUGAGAAUGCAAGUGCAGGAAGAAAAGUCAAAAUGUACAGCAGUUCUUCAGGUGUGUGAGGGGAUAUGCCCCUCCCCCAUCCUAUUGAUAGGCUAAUGAGCAUGCAGGCAGUGUCAAUUGGGUGCACCCACAGAACAUACUUUAUUUGGAGAAGGAGAGCUUAACAAGGUGGAGCCCUCACAUAUAGGAAAGGGGCAACGUUUGCCCAGGAUGAAAGGUUUCAAGGGACAGCCAGUGACCUCUAGUAGCAAGACGAGCCCAGUUCAGGCAGGGACUAGCCUCCCUUUCUUACCCCCCUCUUCCCUUUGUUUGGGGGCAGACUGACAUUGCAAACCUGAUAUGGGCAAGAGGCUUGUAAGGCUGUUCCUAGCCAACAACCUGUGGUCAGGCCUGGGGAGCACUGCCAAGAGCUAGAGGUAAGGACUCAGAAAGGAUCCUGGGACUAAGCUAAACUCUUGCUGGAAACAGUGUGAUUGUCCAGGAGUGGGGGGCUCCUGUAGGGGAGCCAGGGAUAGGAGAUUGCAAGAGAGUAUGGCUGAGUGGCAGCUGACUACAAAGUGUCCAAAAAGGAAUGAAAUGCUGAGGGGGAAAAUCUAUGGAGUGGGAAGUGACUAUCUCUGGAUAUUUAGUAAGCAGAUUGUAAGAACAUUUCUGGCUCUUAUAUCAAUUUGGAAGGGAAGAGGAAUCCAGAAAUCUAUUUCAGAAUCAGAAAAUCAGAAACUUAGAUUAGCUUUCUGUAGGUAUAUGUUGAAAAAAUUUAGCUUUUAAAUAAAGUUCUCAAUUUUGGUAGAAAGAUCUGAAACAAGACUAAAGAACACACCUGGUGCUGUUUUAAAAUUCAUGCCUACACUUGUUCAUGCUACCUUGUGAUAAUUGAAUACUUUGAAAUUUUUUCUUUUGUAAAUAAAAUUUGUCCAGUUGUCAUCUCCAUAAUGUUACAGUAUUUUAUAUGCAAGUUACUACUUAAAGCAUACAUAUGGUCUAGAAGUGAAUAUGUGAAAGUGAUCUUUUCUGUCCAGUAUAUAUACCCAGUGUAUCUUCAAAUCCCAUCUGCUAUCAAAAAUAUUUAUAUGAUUGCAGCACUAAUUUUCACCUAUGAUUCACUGAGGCAUUUCCAGUAAAGACAGAGAAAUAUUAAUGCCAUUGUACAAGGCACUGGUAAGCAUUUGGAAUACUGUGCAUGAUUCUGGUCACCCAUGUUCAGGAAAGAUGAAUUUAAAUUGGAAUAGGUGCAGAGAAGAGCUACUAGGAUGAUCAGGGGAAUGAAGGAACUGUCUUAUGGGAGGACACUGGAAGAGUUUGGCUUGUUUAGCAAAAUGAAGGCUGAGAUGGGAUAAGAUCAUCUUCUAUAAAUACAUCGGGGGGGGGGGAAAUACAAGGGAGGGUGAAGAGCUAAACUAAGGAUAGUGUUGGCACAAGAACAAAUUAUAUAUACUGGGCCAUGAACAAAUUCAGGCUGGAAAUUAGGUGGUUUCCAACCAUUGGAGGAGUGAGGUUGGUGAACAGUUUCCCAUUAGGAGCUGUGGAAGCAAACAACUUAAUAGUUUUAAAAGAGCAGAAUAAAUUUGAGUGUAAUUGUAUGAUGGGGUUGCUUGUGAUGGCAGGGGGCAGGACUCAACAGCCUUGGGGCUCACUUCCACUUUGUCUUAUGUUCCUAAAGCUCAUGCUUAAGGGUUUCAGCUGCAUGCAGGUGUAAGGAAGGAAUUUCCCCUCGCACCCCCAUAUAUUCUGAGAGGGUUUUUUAUCUUCUUUCUCUGAAAUGUCAGGGUUGGCACUGGUUGGAGAUAGGACAUAGGAUGGGGAGGGCCAGGUUGCUGAGAUGGCUCCAAGCAUUCUCUCUGUCAGCUGCUUGGCUGGCUGGUUCUUGCUAACAUCCUCAGGGUCAGAUUGGCAGUGACCUUGGGUUUUUUGUUUUUGUUUUUUUUCCUCUGCAGCGUGUGGGCAUGGGUCACUUGCCAUGAUUAUCUGGGUAUGUCUCAAUCAUUUCUCUGCCAAUGUGGUGGCCGUGGGCACUGGUGAACCUCAGUCCCUCCCAUUCUCUGCCUGUGGCAUGUAACGGUCUAGCCUCCUGUGGGCUGUAAUAGUCUAAUUUAGGUUGCUGGGUUUAUUGUGCAAGUGCUGAGUGAUGUUGGUGGCCUGUGAUGUACAGGAAGUCCGAUUAGAUGACCUUAAACUCUCUGACUCUGGCUUUAUGACUAGAGUAAGGUGAACAAACAGCUGAUUAAGUGUUUUGGAAAUACUGCACAAAAGGAAAGUUUUUCUACUUUGUUAGAACUGCACAGCCAAUAAAAAUACUGGAGCAGCCAGCUGGAUUCUAUUCCACUUCAUUCACCACCAAUAAAUUGUCAGUAAUGUUGUGAUUACUGAAUAUUUUACUGGCGAUGAGAUAAGAAAAUCAGUAUGUGGUGAUUAUUAUUAUUAUGUAUUGUAUUAUUUUAGGUCCAAGAUUUGCAUAUGCUGAAUCGGUUCUUUAAUCAAUCAUUUUAAAUUAGCAAACUUGAAUAACAUAUAUAAAGAUAGCACCACCCAAUGUAGCUUUUCUGAUAGCUGCUUUGAAAACCUGUACAGUAUUUAGUAUGCUGGUUUGUGAUUCUGAUCAGUUUGACAAGUCACUGCCCAAACUCUGCUACCUAUAAUUCCCUUGCCUAUAUCAAAACUUUAAAAAUAUCUAAUUCUUUAAAAUGUAACUUUAAACCUCAAGUAAGGUUGAUGGAGAAGGCUGAACUAGCCCCCACAAUAUUUUGUUACUUUGUAUUCUUUGUCUUGUCUAUAAAUACUGACUCCCUCCACCAAGUGUCUAAACAAAUUACCACCAAGUGUCUAAUAAAAUCCAUGUUGAUUGAGUUCAACAGCUCUUAACACUUUUGAAAUGUAGAACAAACACUUCCUCUGUUCAGCAUUACAAAUAACCAUGGUUUUAACUCCUUUCAUCUUGAAGUACUAAUCUCCCUUAUUGUAUUAAACUUUUCUAUCCCCUUAAACAACAUGUAGGUUAGUACCUGAUGGAACAUCCAAAUAAAAUUCUUGUGUUCCCAUUAUUACUUGAAUGCUGGGAAACACACAGUACAUAACUCCUGCUUAAUUUUUCAUGUAAGUGAAAUUUGCUCAUCAUAUGUUUCAUUUACAUCUACCUUUCAAACCAUUAGGCUAUCUAAGCACUACAUCCUAAAACCAAGAUUAACAUUACUAUCUAAAGACAGACAGGGUUUUCUUUGCUGAAUGGUUUGUAAUAGAUUUCAAACAGGAAAUGAAUACACCUGCCAUAUUUGAGUGAAUUGGGAAAAUAAUGGAAGUGAAACUUUCUUUAUAGCUUGUCUGAGAUAGAUGCCUGAAAUUUGAUUUUAUCUAUAAAGCUUUCUUUUAAAGAUACUGAUGUCAAGUUCUUCUCAUUUUGAUUAUUCUAAACUGUUUAUAAUGCUAACUUACAAUUUUAAUAAAACUCUUUCCCGA